UGCACCAGCUGUGGUGGUGCACUCGUCGCCUUUGUGGUGACGGACGAGCGCAUAAGAGUGCAAUAUUCCCAAAAUCGGACCAUAAUUCGUUGGAAAUCAAUCCCGAAGCGAUUAAUCGGAGACCAUCGCGACCGCUCGACCGGGGAAAAACGGAAGGAUCGGUGAUAGUCAGAGCGAGCGGUGCGGUCAAGUGUGCCGCGUGCCGUCGUCCUCCAACAACGAAACAGGUGUGUGCAUGCGUGCGAGUGUGUGUUGUGGUUCGGGCCACGAAAGGAUUUGCAUUUGCGUCUUAACCAAAUAUUCCGCUCCAGGGCGGAGAAUCCGGGCGACGACAACGACGAUACUUGUGCCUCGGUUUGCUCGGUCAGUGGAGCAGAAGAAAGACGGUAGCUUAUCCAGCCAGGCCCAGAUAGGUGCCCCGUGGAAAUUGCAUCUAGUAGCCGUAGUCGUCAGCACCAGUUUAUCGUGGGCUGCGAUAAGACUGCAGUGUACUGGAAGCGCUGCCCUGUGGUUAGAUGACGAAAUGCCCGUUUGCCAAAUCAUGGGUUUUUUUUCCCGAACUGUGAAAAGUGUGAGUAACUGAGAAGUGUCCGGUCAUCAAGUCACGGAACAGUUGCACAUUAGAGUGAAUCAAAGCAACCGUAGACGUAACGACGCAGUGUGGAGAGGAGAGCAGAGAGGAGAAGUGUUGCUCGAGGUAGCGUAUGAGUGGUGGCCACGGAAUCUAAGCGACCCAUCGCAAUGCGCAGCCCGCCGAGUAGCGAGUGGCUGGAAGCGGACAGUUUGCGUGAUAUCCUCGAUACGGCCAUCCAGUCGAACGUCGAUGCUAUGCCCGAUGACGAACCGACCAGGGGCGGUGGUACGGUCGGGGACGGUGGUGUAUUCAACGAUGUCGAUCCGGAACCAUCUCUGUUUGCCGGGGAAAGCUCCUCGCCCGACUACCGACCGAUGCGUGUCCCACGGCCUAAUCGCGAAUUUGAGCGCAGCCGAGCCCAGCCGUACGUUGGUUUGCCGUUUAUGUUCGAACCAGCGGACGGUGGCGCACGUUCACCACGUUCACCGGAAGUGCUUUACUAUUACGAUAGACCGGAGCGGAGCCGCCCUAGGCCAGUGAUCCGACCGAAUUCACCUCCGCUACCACCACCACCGAUCGAAACACCGGUUACGCAGCCAACGGCUGCCGUGUUUCCCUCGGCACCAGCCGUCCGCAGUUCGUACCCUCCACGGGAACCCUACAGGACACCAUACCGUUCGCACCGGGAUCGAUUCGCUCGUACACCGUCGUCCACAACCACUGCGACGACAGCGGCAGCAAAUGGGGCAUGCUUUGGACUGCACGCGACCCACGGUGGGCGCAGCUUUGCCAGUGAGCAUCGUAACUUCCGGAGCCCACCGUUGAGGAACCCUAACGCUUCGGUUAACUACUGGAACUUAACAAACUACCUGCGCAUGGCGAGAGGUAAUGGCAAUGAGCUGCGGCAGCGUAACCUGAAACGUCGUCACAACGGUGAGGACCCUAGCGAUGAGCCAUGCACGAGUUCCUCACCGAAUGCCAAUGACAGUCGGCUGCCGGGGCUACCGGUUGUUGAAUCACCUUCGGCAAUUGAGCCCGAAGCAACGGAAGCAGCACCAGUCGGUGUUGAACCAUCAAGCAGUACUUGCCAUCGGCCCAUUGUUAAACGAGAAAGACAGGAAGAACCGAUGAAUGGCGCUGUCAAGCAGGAGGAGGAACCAUCUUCCGGUCAACAGGCCGACCCAUGUGCCAACUCCCAUAAUCCUAUGUUACCACGAGAGUACCUGAAAAAGGAACCGAAGAACGAACCGGAAGAGGAAGAAACGAUCGUUACAAUGGGGAGCAGUGAUGUUACCGAUCCGCUCGAAGUCAUCGGAACCGGAUCCACGGAGCCAUGUAAUGCGACAAUAAAAUGUGAAGCGAGUAAUCCGCCACCGACCGGAACACCAACGCCCGGCCGUUCCGCGAGUCGUGAGGAGUGUCCGUGCAAUGAAUGUGUUGUGCGUGAGCAACCAGAACCCUCGGUUGCCUGUGGUAUCUGCGCCACAGAGCCGCAAGUUGGUUCGCCGAGUGGAUGCGUUAAACAGGAACAGGAGCCAGUAGCCCAGGAUGCUCCGGAUGCUAAAGAGGUACCAACGGCAGGCCAGCCGCCUGUAGAGCCAAAGCAGAAAACGGAAGCAACUGAACCGACAGCGAGCAACGGAGCGACAUCGGUGAAAACGGAGCGGGAGUUAUCUGAUCUUGCUGUGCCAAAGGGAGAGUGUAAGCAAGAUGGUGACACUGCGACAACAGUGACGGGACCAGGCCCGUCCUCGGAUCCCAAGCCAGGCCCGAGCGGAUUGGGCCGCAGUGCCACUGCACGGAUACCGGAUCAAGGCGUGGCAGCUGGCGAGCGCGAACAAGAACGCGGUCAGUUAUCACUAUUGCGCCGAUCCAGGCGCUUCUGGAAGUUGGUAGAAUCCGCUAGCAGCAUCAGUAGCAGUGGCAGUGAUGACGAUAGUGACGACGAUGACAUAGCAGCGCGGGCGUACGAUACGGAAGCAGACGAUGUCGUCUACCUCGGUACGGAUCCGCUGUAUCCGAUGGAACUACCGGAAGAGGACGUGAUGGAGGUCGAGAUGACGAAUGGUGACGAUAACGAUGGUGAACCGGCAGCACUUGAACCGGAGGGCCGGCAAUCCGGAGCGACCGAUAGUCGCGUCGCGCACGAAACGGAAACAGAAACGCAAGCAGAGACGCAAAAGGAAAAACGAAAAAGCACCCCGGAACCACAGCCCGCAACACCACGAGAGGGUCUCGAUGCGCCGGAUUUGCAGCUGGACUGGAUUACGGAUUCGAGCAGUGUCAGCGAGGAUAGCGACGAUGUCAUACUGCUCGAUCGGAUCUCACCGACACCGACAAACCAAGCGAACCGGGAACCGAUCGAUCUGACUAAUGACGACUCGGACGAGGAUAUCAAGCGUUACAGUCUUCGCAGCCAGUCCAGUGGUCCAUCGAGAGGGGAACGUAGGUUGGGCCAUCAUCACCAUCAUCACCAUCAUCAUCACGUACGCAAUAGUAUGCAGCUCACGCCAAACGGAAACCGCACGGCACGAAACGAGGUCCGGGACGGAUCACAGGCAGCAGCAGUGGCAGCGGCAGCGGCAGCGCAUCGCCAGCGCCGUUUCUCCUCCACCGGCCAGCUACUGCACGGUGAUGCUUCAUCAACAUCCACCGAGGGCGGACGCUACCACCGGGACUGGCCACCGUACUCACCGUUAAUGGUCAACGAACCGCAGCAAUCACCGUACUACCGGUCCUUAUCUCCGAGGCGUUACGUUGUGGGAAUGCCUCGGUCUCGGUUCAUAACGAGGGACUUCACGACGAGAGGGACCGGAAAUCGCACAAGUAACGAUGCGGCGGGUCCUGGUAGUCCCGGUGGAUCACGCCACAUGACGGCCUCGAACAGUAGCUAUCAUCGUUAUCCGGGCUACUACAGUGCACGCCCGGGUUCGUCCGGUAGCAUGCGACAUCCUGGCUGGACGAAUGAAGGAGGAAGUGGAGGUGGUGGAGGAGGAGCAGGAGGGGGAUGCCCCGCACUCGUACAUGACACAAUGGGAGAAGGAUGCCGCCGGAGCACACGAUCACCUUAUGCCAGACACACUCGCAGUAAUAGCGACGGUACUGCUAGCGGUGGUGGUGGUGGUGGUUCGUGUGCGGACUGUGGUGGAUCAUUAUCGCAUCCGAUGCGAGGAUCAUCAACCAACAUCAAUAACUGUUCCCCGCCGCUGCUUAUUGACGAUGACGAAGCCAGCCAACCGUCAUCGAAUGCAUUCAGCGAAGGGGCUGAACGUACGAAUAGAUCCAUCCGAGACAACCGCCAUCGUUCGUACUGGCGCGGACGGCUUGCGGAUAUAAAGAGCCACACAGCCCGCGACCAUCAAGUUUGGGAUGAUUUGUACAACUAUUUCUCCUCAACCCAAGGAACUGGCCACAGCCACACGGGUGACGAUCGUGAUGGCCGCGGCGAUGAUGUUCAACCACAGCAGCAGCAACAGCAACAACAACAGCUGCAGCAGCAGCCGCAGCCGCAGCCGCAACAUCAAGAUCGUGCACGAUUAAGUCGUUCAGCUAUCUCUACAACAUCGUAUACCGAUCGCCCGAUUGAUUACUCGGCGGCUACACCACCUGCAACAGCUGCACCAGGAUCGGGACCAGGUGCAACAGUAACAGGAUCGAGCGUUCCGUUGCGUUCCCGAACUUCAAACGCUGGCUCGCCGGUGAUCGUACAGGCUGCACGUGCAUCUACAAACGAUCACAACAACAACAACAACAACAACAGCAGCAGCAAUAGUAGUAGCAGUAGCAGUGGUGGUAGCACUACCACGACGAUCUGCAACGAUCACUCUACUGCUUCCCUAGAACCAUCGGCAUCAUCUUCGGUCACCAUGAUACCGGUGCCGCCCCAUGAUCUACCUCUAGCUCCACCACCUCGAAUGGCCAACCGUCUGCUCCAUUCGUUUCCACUACAUCGCAACCAUCAUCACCAUCAUUAUCAUCCUCACCAUUCUCACCAUCAUCAUCAUCAUCAACAGCAGCAGCUUCAGACGACGCCGCACCAGCACCAGCAGCAACAGUAUCCGUACCAUCCACGAUCUUCCCCGCUGGUUGGAGCGCGAAGCGGUUCAAUCUACUCAACGCUACCACCGUCUGCCGGUGUCUAUCAGCGACCCUCAACCUUUCAGUCCCUCUCAUCGGGUGGGGCUAGAACGGGUAAUACCGAUCACGCAUAUUAUCUGCGCCCGACAUCGCACCGGCGAAUCACCGAUCACCAUCAUCAUUACCAUCAUCACCAUCCUUCGGCUGCGGGACCACAGGGUGAACGUGUGUCGAAUGGCGGAGCUAAUGGCACUGCUGGCGGAACUAGCACCCGAGUGCCUUAUGCACCGCACGAAACCCUCUGGCAACGGCAACACCAAGCACAGGAAGCACAGCGCCGCAUGAUGGCUGUGGAUCUGGUGACACCGCCUGCUUAUCUGCCCGCCAACAGCACCCCAGCCGUCGAACCACCAUCACAACGCCAUCAGCGUGGACCAUCGUCGUUACUGGAUCAACUGCUAGCUCCUGCUCCAGCUACCGUACCACUGUCGACUGGUUCGGAUUCGGACGAGUCAGUGAUUAACUACAACAGCAACAACAACAACCGCAGUGACAAUAACGCGCAACCGAAUCAACCCUCUUUCCCGCCAGCGGCACGGAGCCGUUUACCGUGGACAGUGCGACCGAACGAAUACCAUGUGCAGCUGAGACCACCGAUGAUCGACCUUGCGACGACCAACUCGUCCUCUUCUUCCUCCGAGCCAGAUGCGCCGGUUCGACUGGUCGUGCUACCGGUUAGAGGGAGGGGCGAUGGUGGUGACGCCACCAGCGAAUGGCAACGUGGUGCUGGAGGUGUUAGUGGAGGUCCUGGCGCCGGUUCUGCCGCUGCCAGUAGUGCGCCCAUCAAUAUUGCGGCCGCUGCUGUCGCUUCGGUUAGUGGUGCUAAUGGUUCGGCAGCUUCGGCCGGUUCCUCCAGCGGUGGUGCCCUCGAUUAUCGCUCCUGGGUGCCACCAUCGGGCAGUGGCAGUAUGCAACCGAGAACCGUGCACUUUGCCCGACGCUACAGCAUCCAUCCCAACCAGAUGUACGGUGACAUAACGCUAAGGCGGAAUGACCAUCAGCACGUACACCAUCAUAUGUACCAUCAUCUGACGUCCCAUAAUCUGCUCGGUAGCCCGUCGGAGAUACAGUUUAGCAUCGGGCUACGACCGAGUCUGCUGUCCAGUUUGAAUCGGUUCGUGCGCGUCAUCGAGGACACGUGCACUAAUCGGGGCGCCACGCAAGAGAUGAUCGAGACGAACACGUUCCCUCACAAGUACAAGCGUCUACGGCUGGUCAGCGAGUCGGACGAGGAUAGUGAAAAGUGUACGAUCUGUCUGUCACAGUUCGAAGUCGACAACGAUGUCCGCCGAUUGCCGUGUAUGCAUCUGUUCCACAAGGAUUGCGUCGACCAGUGGCUGGUGACGAACAAGCACUGUCCGAUAUGCCGAGUGGACAUUGAGGUACAUCGCACCAAAGACUACAGCAUAUGACGACAACCGGCCCGUACCGCUCAUCACCAGUCGGAGCAACGACAUCGAGUGCCAGCCGUACCAGCAACAGACCUGAUGGUGGUCCAGGGAAAUGUUCGUCCGACGAACGAAGAGGACGGCCACAAUCUGGAGGAGUGGAACGAUGAUGUAUGGAUUCGAAAUGCUGGCGAGGUGAUGAUUGGUGGUGGCGGUAGCGCCGGCAACCAUGAUGCAAUCAAUUCUCCUACCGUGACACCGAACGGCACUAGCAGUAGGGCCUCUCCAACGGCGUCUAAUAGUGUUCUCGCCGGUGAAGGACUGCUGUUGUACCCACACUAGGAAUCUUAAUUUAGGGUGUUAUUUUUUUCCAUUAUCUUUCCAUUGAUCCUUAUAAAAUUAGAGUUUGCUCAACAGCGCGCCACUACAAAAACACGCCCCCUGCGUUCAGGCGCAGCUGGCGUGGGAUAAAAUCGCGCUUUUUCGCCAUUUUGUAACAGUAGGCCGCAGAGGAGGCAGAAAUCCUCGGAGCCAUAACGUAAUAGAAUAAUCAGUGGAAAACCACCCGGGGUGCUGGUGUGCUUACUUGGAUACAAUCACUCACCCCAGUCAGUGCGAAUGCAGAUACGGGGUGUCGCUAUACCAGGGUACAGAACGGCACAAUUGUGUAGCAUUUGGCAUAGCGGCGGAGUGGGUACAACCAAUUUAGGAUUACGAUUUAAAGGCUUAGAUAAGACAGCGUCCGGACCAGACGCGAUAAGACCGGACCAGACUUUGGUUUGACCGGGCUGUUGGUUCUGCAGGAAGAAAUCAAAAUCCUUACCCCUAAUCAAAACCUACUUUAAUGAAAUUGCAAAAGAAAACUAAAAUAGUCUUAAACCCAUUCGCACACUCGUUUCGAAGCAAUUGUCCAACUCCACAUUUGUUUGUGAUAAAAUCCUAUAAACUGGAAUGUACGGUUGAUUUGGCAGCGAACGGCGUGGGACCGUUCCGUUCCGUUCCGUUCCGCUCCUGCUAAUUGAUUACGCUGGAAACGUGCGGGGUUAAAGGUAAUGAAAUACCAAAGUGGCACUAUUAUGCCCACUUGUUAUGAGCAGCCUACUAGAGAUGCCCCACGCUGGAUCGGUCAAGCUUGCUUAGAUCGAUAUACGGGGCAGGGCUAAAUGUUUUUUUUUCUGCUUUAAAUCAAUAGUAAGAGCAACGAAGGCAGUGGGAUUUUGCGGAAUAAAGAUGAAUUUCA